AUAAAGGCUCAUUUGAAUAAGAGACGUCCAAUCGAAACGUUUAGAGCACAACGAAGACGGUCCUUCCCCUUCGUCAUCGGCGAUAGCUCCUCGGAAACCCUAGAUUCUGUCCGUCACAGAAGUCAAAAUGGUGGCUAAUGCUGGAGGUCCACCCAGAGGAAGUGCAGCAGCAGCUGCGAGUUUGCGGAGGCGGAGAACAGCUGGCGGCGGUGGUGCAGCUGCCGGAGGAGGUGCCAGUACGAUGCUCCAGUUCUACACUGAUGAUGCUGCUGGUGCCAGGAUGUCUCCCAACACUGUUCUCUUUAUGAGCAUUGGAUUUAUUGCAGUUGUUGCUCUCCUACAUGUCGUCGGUAAACUCUAUGUUCGUCAUUAGUUCUUCGGCAAUGCAUCAAUAACGGAUCUGAUCUCAUGUUUACCCGCUUUUUUUUGCUCAAUGUAUUGGAUUUGACAAUGUUUAUGUUUUGGUGGUAAAGAAACCAUGGUUUGUUUAUCUUUUAA